AUGGAUUGUCACCAAGUCACCUCGCGCGCCCUCCACGAUGAGAACGACAUCAUCGACCAUGUCAACCACAUCGACGGAGGCGACGUGAAGCCAGGCACCGACCUCGAGAAGCAACGGACGACAGCAUCGACGGCAUCCUAUCAAGAGACGUAUCCCGAGGGCGGCUUGCAGGCAUGGUCCGUGGUCGCUGGUUCGUGGUUCACCCUAUUCGCUUCACUUGGACUAAUGAACACUCUCGGCACCUUCCAGGCCUACGUGUUGAACAACCAGCUCAAGGAGUAUAGCGAGGGAACCGUCGGCUGGGUCUUUUCCGUCUACACCUUUCUCGCAUUCUUCUGCGGUGUCUACAUUGGGCCUGUCUUUGACAAGUACGGUCCGAGAUGGCUCGUCAUUGCCGGAGCUGUCUUUACGGUUGGUGGUAUGGUGUUUAUGAGUUUCGCCACUAAACUCUGGCAAUUCAUUGUCGCAUGGAGUCUUCUUACUGGCUUCGGAACCUCGCUACUGUUCACACCCUCGAUCGCCGCUGUCGGUCACUUCUUCAAGGCACGACGCGGCUUGGCAACUGGCAUCGCAUCCACGGCUGGUGGUCUGGGUGGUAUCGUCUACCCUUUCAUGUUGACGUCGCUAAUCGAAAAGAUUGGUUAUGGCUGGGCAACCCGAGUUGUUGCUCUCGUGUGCUUGUGCUGCAGCUUGGUGGGCAUCUCCCUCCUACGAUCUCGUCUACCUCCGGCCAAGGACGCCACGGCGCACCCCAACUUUCGCAUCUUCAAGAGCAUGCCGUUCCUCCUCACGACCAUUGGCAUCUUCCUUCUCGAGUUUUCCCUCUUUAUUCCUCUCGGCUACAUCUCGACCUACGCGUUGCAAAAGGGCUUUGGCAGUGACUUUUCUUACAACCUCAUUCCGAUCCUCAACGCUGGCUCAGUCGUGGGUCGAAUUUUGCCUGGUUACUACGCAGACGUCAUCGGUCCUUUCAACGUUAGCAUUCUCGCCGUCAUCCUCGCCAUUGUUGCAUGCUUUUGCGUGUGGCUGCCUCUGGGCUCCACCACGGCCGGCAUCAUCAUCUUUACGCUGCUCUUUGGUUUCUCGAGCGGAACCAGCAUCGCCAUUGCCCCUGUCUGUAUCGGGAGGCUCUGCAAGACGCAAGAGUAUGGACGCUACUACGCUACUUCGUACACGAUUGUGUCGUUUGCUUGCCUGAUUGGUAUUCCUAUUGCCGGCAGCAUCGUACAGGCCAACGGCGGGGAGUACUGGGGUCUCAUCAUCCUGACGGGCGCCGUGUACAUUGGCUCCGUGAUUGCACUUUUCAUGGCCAAGGUGUACCUCCUGGGAUGGCACAACUGGAGGGCUGCGCUCUAA